UCAACGCCAUUUCAAUUCUUGGAGAACUUACAUACUUUAUGUCUUCAGUAUUGUUGCUAGAGGAUGUGGCCAUUCUCGGCAAGCUAAAAGGGUUACAAGUUCUCAGUUGUGUGAAUUCCAACCUUCAACAAUUGCCGAAAGAAAUUGGGCAACUAACAAAGCUGAGGUUGUUGGACUUGAACAAUUGUUCGAAUCUUCAGAUAAUUGAACCGGGUGUUCUUGGAAGAUUGAUCAAAUUGGAGGAGUUGUAUAUGGAGAAUAGCUUUAAUAAAUGGAAUUUCGUGGAGCAAACUCAACGAACUAAUGCCGGUCGAUUGAGUUGAAUCACUUGAAGAAUCUUUGCACUCUACAUGUCUCCAUUCCCGAUCCGAGUGUGCUCCCAGAGGACCUAGAUGUCAAGAAAUUAACCAAGUACAAAAUCCGAAUAGGUAAUGUAACACACUGGAGCAAGGACCAAGGAUUGAGGAUUUUGUACCUCAAGUUGGAUCCAAUAAGUGAUGUUCUUCGAAAAGGAUGUAUACAAAGUCUUCUAAGCAAAACAGACAAUCUGUUUUUGGCCGAGUUGAACGGAAGCAAGCAAAGUAUUUGCGCAUUAUCUCAAGAAGGCUUUCCAAAAUUAAAGUAUCUAGAGGUCAAGGAUAGUCUUUCCAUCCAUCACAUCCUCCAACGGCGUUCCCUUAGUGCUUUUGAGAUGUUGGAGUCAUUACUUCUCAUAAAGCUUAUCAACUUGACGAAGAUAUGCUCCAGCCAUAUCUCCUCCGCCAAGUCCUUCAAUAGAUUAAAAGUAAUUCGAGUUAAAAGUUGUGAUAAGAUGGAAGUUUUGUUUCCUCUUUCAUUAUUGAGAGGACUUACACAACUGGAAGAGAUUGAAGUUGUCUCUUGCAAGUUAUUGCGUGGGAUUGUAGAUGCUGAUGAUUGUGGCAAAGUGGAAUUGCAAAAUUUGCGUGUAAUGAAAUUGCACCACUUACCAAAUAUCAAGAAUUUUUUCACUGCCAGGACAGCUCCUUCGAGUAGUACAUCAGAGGACCAAGUUGGCACUCAAAUUGCAUUCUUCAAUGGGCAACAGGUUUCAAUCCCAUCCUUGGAGUCCUUGAAAAUGGAAGGACUUCCCAAUAUAAAAGAGAUAUGGAGUAAUGAAUCUCCAUUGGAGCUGAGCAAUCUCCGAUAUCUUGAAGUGGUGCAAUGCAAAUCUCUCUUGAAGGUCAUCAGCUCCAAGUCAUUGGUGGACCUACACAAGUUGCAUAGUAUAUGUAUAAGAGAUUGCAAUUCAGUGCAAGAAAUUUUUGACCUUGAUGGACAAGCGCCAAUGGAAAUGUUAAGACUUCGUAUGAGUUAACCACCUUGAAAUUAGUCAAUUUGCGGAGCUUGAGGUGCAUAUGGAACAAGAACCCUUAUGGAAUAGUGAGUUUCCAUAAUUUAAAUAAGUUAGAGGUGGAUCGCUGCAACAAUCUGGGUUUAUGUUUUUCCCAUCCAUGGUUAAAUCUCUUGUACAAUUGAGAGAUCUAAGGGUACAAAUGUCAAGAAGAUGGAGGCAAUCAUUAUGGAGGAAGAAGGGUUGGGAUUGGAAGCAUCGAAACUCCGACAUUCCCCAUGUUAACCAACUUAACCUUAACUUAUUUGGAAAGUUUGAAGUGCUUCUCUCUCGAAAAGUGUAAGAUUGAUUUUUUUUUUUUUCAAUUUUGAAGAUCUUCUUGUAGAUA